AUGCAACACCGAGCACCCAGCAGCGUGAACCAGCUGGGGGGUCUCUUCGUGAACGGCUGCCCCCUCCCCGCCUGCAAGAGGAAGAGGAUCAUCGAGCUGGCGGCAUGCGGCGUCCGGACCUCGGACAUCUCCCGCAGCCUCAAGGUGUCCAACGGCUGCGUCAGCAAGAUCCUGGGCCGCUACUACCGGACGGGGGCCGUGGAGCCCAAGGCCAUCGGGGGCAGCAAGCCCCGCUUGGCCACCCCUGAGGUGGUGGCCCGGAUCGCGCAGCUGAAGCUGGAGCAGCCGUCCCUCUUCGCCUGGGAGAUCCGCCGGCAGCUGCACGCCGAGGGCGUCUGCGCCAGCAACAGGACCCCCAGCGUCUCCUCCAUCAAUCGGGUGCUGAGGAACCUGCCCAGCGACCUGCGGCUGGCGGCUGAGCGGGCUGGUGCCGCCGUCUCCCCGGGGACCCAGCACCCUCCACAGAGCUCCGCAUCCGACCGACGACUCCCGCUGAGCACCCAGCACAGGAACAGGACGAUCUUCUCCAGCAAGCAGUCGGAGGCCCUGGAGAAAGAGUUUCAGAGGGGACAGUACCCGGACACCGUCACCCGGGAGAGACUGGCCGCAGCCACCCAGCUCCCUGACACAACCAUCAGGGUCUGGUUCUCAAACCGACGAGCGAAAUGGAGACGCGAGGCCAAGCAGAAGCUGGAGGCUGGCAGUGCAGGCUCCUGGUGCAACUGGAUGCUGCCCCACGGGGCGGCCGUGGCUGCUUUCCACCCCUGCUCCGCGACAGCCACCGGCUCCGCACAGCAUCCCCCAGCCACCCCCGCCGCCUCGCCACAGCCCCUCCACGGCCACGGCCACGGCCUCACCGCCUACCCUCACACCCCGGCCCCGCUGCACCUCUGCACCUCUGGUCCCCGUGCCUGGGAUGACGCUUGCUGCGGUAAAACGGCCGGGAGGGGGGCUGGGACCCCCGGGCACAGCCAGGGUGGGAGCCGGCGGUAG